UGAUGAGGUCAAACCACUUGCCUUCUUUUCAAAGAAGCUAGAACCAACCCAAACUCGAUAUAGCACUUUCGGUAGAGAACUAUUGGCUAUUUAUCUAGCUGUUAAACAUUUCAACCAUUUACUGCAAGGCAGAGACUUUGUGAUACUCACUGAUCACAAACCUUUAACCUAUGCCUUUAACGCGAAAAGUGACCGUUAUUCCCCUAGAGAAAUGCGACAAUUGGAUUAUAUUUCCCAAUUUUCGACCAACAUACAGUUUAUAAAAGGUGAGUCAAAUGUUGUUGCGGAUACUUUGUCACGUUUCAACGUCGAUGCAAUUUCCUUCACCAAAGGAAUCGAUUUAUCAGACAUGGCACGUUUGCAGACAGAUGAUCCCGACCUUGAUGCUUGUAAACAAAGUUCGAGCUUGUCCUUAAAAAGUGUUCCUAUACCGCAUUCUGACUCUACUAUCAUUUGUGAUACUUCUACUGGAACUCACAGACCUUUUGUGCCAAUAGUGUACAGAAAAAGAGUUUUUGAUUGUCUUCACUCACUAUCCCAUCCAGGGAUUCGUGCUACUGUGAAACUGAUCGCUGAAAGAUUUGUUUGGCCAAAGAUGAAUGCAAAUAUAAAAAAAUGGACCAGGACUUGUGUACAGUGUCAGCGCAGUAAAAUACAUAGACAUACGAUUACAACACCGCCAGCAUUUAGUCUACCCGAACAUCGUUUUCAACAUGUUCAUGUUGAUUUAGUUGGUCCUCUUCCUCCAUCUAACGGAUUCACGUACAUUUUUACUGCAGUGGACCGUUUUACUAGAUGGCCAAUUGCAUGCCCAAUAAAAGAUAUCUCCGCGGAAAAUGUUGCUGCUGUAUUCCUCGAUAGAUGGAUCGCUAAUUUUGGUGUACCUUCUACAGUUACUUCUGACAGAGGUUCACAGUUCCAAUCUCACCUCUUCAAUGAAUUCACCCGCAUUUUAGGAAUCCAUCACAUCACUACAACAGCAUACCAUCCAGCAGCGAAUGGACUAGUGGAACGGUUCCACAGACAACUAAAAAGCUCAUUGAUGGUACAACCUGAUGUUUCUAGAUGGAGUGAAUCUCUACCUCUUAUUUUACUAAGUAUACGCUCCACAAUUAAAGAAGACCUACAAUGUACUCCGGCACAGCUCGUCUAUGGAGCUAAUUUAACCUUACCGGGGCAGCUAGUGACGCAUAAUGGCAAACCCGUAUGUACGGAUCCCACUUCUUUUUGUGAAAGACUUAUGAGCCAUAUGAAUAACAUUAAGCCUGUUGCACCUCGGCCAGUUGUCUUAAAAGAGCAAGUUAGCAAGCAUCUAAAUACGUGUAAAUUUGUAUUUGUUCGUGUUGACUCAGUAAGACGCCCUCUACAACAUCCUUAUGAAGGACCAUAUGAAGUAGUUGAGAGGCAAACAAAAUAUUUCACAAUCAAUAAGAACGGAAAAAAAGAAACAGUUUCAAUCGACCGGAUAAAACCUGCUUUUAUAGAGUCUGAAACACAUGACAACCGAAAGCCGUCUAAAAACAGCAGAGAUCACACAACGCAGCUCCCAGUGUCUCCAAAUAAUUCUUCACCAACUCCGACGAAAUCAAUAUUUCGUAAAACAGACGGUUCUAAGGUUACAGUUCCCACAAACUUAAAUCCUAGUUCCGACACUUUACCUUCUACGAAAACAACUCGUUCAGGAAGACAUGUACAUUUUCCUAAACGUUAUGUUGAAUUAAUUACUUAACCUUUAUUCUGUCAUUACCUGUAAUGUGAUUAAAUAUCUAUAUUAGCAGAGUUACUAAUAACAUUUUUUUUGCAAGCAUUUAAAAAAAAAAUUUUUUUUGUGUACUACUAAUAUUGAUAAAUUUUAUUAUGUUUUUCUCUACAUGUGUAUGCGUUUCAUAUGAUGUUUAUUAUUAAUUGUGCAAAUA